AUCUGACUCUAGCGCAAGCACUCGAAGGAUUUCAAUACGAUCCACCGGGAGAGGAUCGCAGGGCGGCCAUACGAUUGCAUCCGCACGGCGGAAGCAUUAGAGGCUGGCGGUUGUCGCUCUCAGUGGGUGGCUGGCCCCGCGCGCCGCUGGGCGGAUGCCCCGCUAUCGAAGGUGGCAGUGCGGCUAGCUCGUAGUCGGUCGCGAUUGCAACCCAUGUCUCGCAUAAAGCGCGGACCACCACGCUCGCCCAACUCACUCUUCUCGACGUCAGUCAUGCAUAUGGACCCGUUCAGCGUGAUCAGCCCGGACGACUUUGGAGGCCUGCGGGGCCACGAGGGGCAGGAACGCUCUGGGCCGAUGCCCAAAUUUGAAGAAAGGACCACUGCGCGCCGGAGCGCCGGCGCCCGGUCUAGCCAACCGUCGUCCUCGACUAGUCACUCCGACACCUCUCGUCCAGCGAAAGCGCGGGCGAGCAAAAGCAACGGCGUCACGAAGCACAGCCAUGGCUCCAGGGCGAGGAGGUCCGACCGGGGUGGGCGAGGGACCCUGCAGACUAACGGCCACAGCGCGCUGCGGACAGCCGCGUCGGGUGGAGCCCGCACCAACGCUUCGGCAUCGAGUAGGAGCAGCCACCGCCGGCGCGAGGCGCAGGCGCAGAAGCCCCCGACCCACGAGCGCAUCCGGCGCGCACGCGCGGCGGCCGACCUGUCUUCGCUCGGCUGCGGCAAGGACGUUUCGAUCAUGGACGUCAUCCUCGACGCGCAGGCGCCGACGGCGCGAUUGGACGCGGACGACCUCCUGGACGCGAUCGAGCAGUGCCAGCGGACGGCGCUCGCGCGGCCGUCCGCGGAGGACGACGUGCUCGCGGACAUGUUCGUGCCUGGGCGAUACGAGGCGCGGCAGAUCGCAUUCUGGCAGGAUGUCACCGCUGCGCUCGAGUAUGCGCCGAAGAGCCUCUAUCGUCUCUCGGCUGAGCGGUCGACCGCGGCGUGGGAUACUGCGUCAGAUAGCAAGCCGCUGUAACAGCACUGGACGUGGCUGUGCGCUUGUCCAUUAUGUCUACUGGCAUGAGUCAGUCCUAAUAUCCUACGCGUAUGCCUCUCGUAAUAUCAUUGGUUCACGCCUCCUUCCUGGC